AAUUUCACUGUCUCUUUUUAUUUACGUUUUUUGGGGCAAACGAAAAAAAAUGAAUGGUUCUUCCUUUCUUUCAUUGAUUCAUUCAUUUCUUCUUCAUUCUCUCUCUUUCUCUCGAAGAAUGCAAGUUUUGCAGAACGCAGCGAUCCGCGUUUUUUGACAACUGCAUUUCAACAUAUCUCAAUAUUUUCGCGCUUAAUCGCUACUCUCUUUUUCUUCCAUUUUCAAACAAAACGAUUUGUGCUAUGUGGAGGAUUCAUUAAAUUGAAGAAGCGCGUGUUGUUGUUGUUGUUGUUAUUGUGUUUGGUUUAGGUUGUUGGUUGCAUAUAAUUAUUUGGAGAAAUUGAGGUUUGAUUAGAAGGAACAAAACAAUGUCUGGUCGGAAUGAACAUGUUCCCCUUUCGGUUCUAUUGAAACGUGAAUUGGCGAAUGAGAAAAUGGACAAAUCUGAUAUGGUUGUUGUGUAUAGCCAAGCUAGUGAGAAUAAGAAAGGAGAGGAUUUUACAUUGUUGAAGAAUGAAUGUCAAAGAGUUGUGGCUGAUGGGGUCUCUACAUAUUCUGUUUUUGGGCUAUUUGAUGGACACAAUGGAUCUGCUGCUGCAAUUUAUGCCAAGGAGAAUCUUCUGAACAAUGUUUUAAGUGCCAUUCCUACAGAUCUCAACAGAGAUGAGUGGAUAAAAGCGUUGCCAAGGGCUUUGGUUGCUGGCUUUGUAAAAACUGAUAAAGAUUUUCAACAGAAAGCACAAUCAUCAGGAACAACUGUAACCCUUGUGAUUCUAGAAGGAUGGGUUAUAACAGUUGCCUCAGUUGGUGAUUCCCGGUGCAUACUUGAACCUUCUGAAGGUGGGCUUCAUUACUUGUCAGCAGAUCAUCGACUAGACACUAAUGAAGAGGAGAGGGUGCGCAUCACUUCUUGUGGGGGUGAAGUUGGUCGGUUAAAUACAGGCGGAGGUGCCGAGGUUGGUCCACUGAGAUGUUGGCCUGGUGGCUUGUGUCUCUCUCGAUCCAUCGGUGAUAUGGAUGUUGGCGAAUUUAUUGUCCCUGUACCACACGUAAAGCAAGUGAAGCUUUCCACUUCUGGAGGAAGGCUUGUCAUUAGUAGUGAUGGGGUCUGGGAUGCUCUAACUGCAGAAAUGGUCCUUGAUUGUUGUCGUGGCAUGUCAGCAGAGGCUGCAGCACCACAUAUUGUAAAAGAAUCUUUGCAUGCAAAGGGACUUAGAGAUGACACAACCUGCAUUGUUGUCGAUAUUUUACCCCAGGAGAAGCCACCUACUUCUGUACCAUCACAAAAGAGACCGGUAAAAGGAAUGUUGAAGGCCAUUUUUCGCAAAAAGUCCUCUGAGCCAUCUUCAUAUAUUGUAAGAGAAUACGUUGAGCCCGAUAUGGUACGGGAACUAUUUGAGGAAGGAUCUGCUAUGCUUUCAGAGAGGUUUGAAACAAAAUAUCCACUUUGCAACAUGUUCAAGAUGUUCGUGUGUGCGGUGUGUCAAGUAGAGAUUAAACCUGGGGAGGGUAUUUCAGUACAUGAGGAUGCCCCUAACCAAGGGAAACCACGCCCCUGGGAUGGACCUUUCCUUUGCUCAAGUUGCCAAGAGAAGAAACAAGCCAUGGAAGGGAGACGAACAUCAGGUGUGGGUGGCCAAGAGACGAAACAAGCCAAGGAGGGGAGACAAACAUCAGGUGUGGGUGGCCAAGAGACGAAACAAGCCAUGGAAGGGAGACAAACAUCAGGUGUGGGUUGCCAAGAGACAAAACAAGCCAAGGAAGGGAGACAAACAUCAGGUGUGGGUGGCCAAGAUAUGAAACAAGCCAUGAAAGGGAGACAAACAUCAGGUGUGAGUGGCCAAGAGACAAAACAAGCCAAGGAAGGGAGACAAACAUUAGGUGUGGGUGGCCAAGAGACGAAACAAGCCAAGGAGGGGAGACAAACAUCAGGUGUGGGUGGCCAAGAGACGAAACAAGCCAUGGAAGGGAGACGAACAUCAGGUGUGGGUGGCCAAGAGACGAAACAAGCCAAGGAGGGGAGACAAACAUCAGGUGUGGGUGGCCAAGAGACGAAACAAGCCAUGGAAGGGAGACGAACAUCAGGUGUGGGUUGCCAAGAGACAAAACAAGCCAAGGAAGGGAGACAAACAUCAGGUGUGGGUGGCCAAGAGAUGAAACAAGCCAUGGAAGGGAGACAAACAUCGGGUGUGGGUUGCCAAGAGACAAAACAAGCGAAGGAAGAGAGACAAACAUCAGGCGUGGGUUGCCAAGAGACGAAACAAGCCAUGGAAGGGAGACAAACAUCAAACGUAGGUUGCCAAGAGACAAAACAAGCAAAGGAAGGGAGACAAACAUCAGGUGUGGGUGGCCAAGAGAUAAAACUAGCUAAGGAAGGGAGACAAACAUCAGGUGUGGGUGGCCAAGAAAUGAAACAAGCCAAGGAAGGGAGACAAACAUCAGGUGUGGGUUGCCAAGAGACAAAACAAGCCAAGGAAGGGAAACAAACAUCAGGUGGGGGUUGCCAAGAGACAAAACAAGCCAAGGAAGGGAGACAAACAUCAGGCGUGGGUUGCCAAGAGACGAAACAAGCCAAGGAAGGGAAACAAACAUCAGGUGGGGGUUGCCAAGAGACAAAACAAGCCAAGGAUGGGAGACAAACAUCAGGCGUGGGUUGCCAAGAGACGAAACAAGCCACGGAAGGGAGACGAACAUCAGGCGUGGGUUGCCAAGAGACAAAACAAGCCAAGGAAGGGAGACAAACAUCAGGCGUGGGUGGCCAAGAGACAAAACAAGCCAAGGAAGAGAGACAAACAUCAGGCGUGGGUGGCCAAGAGAUGACACAAGCCAAGGAAGGGAGACAAACAUCAGGUGUGGGUGGCCAAGAGACAAAACAAACCAAGGAAGGGAGACAAACAUCAGGUGUAGGUUGCCGAGAGACGAAACAAGCCAUGGAAGGGAGACAAACAUCAGGUGUGGGUUGCCAAGAGACGAAACAAGCCAAGGAAGGAAGACAAACAUCAGAUAGACAUAGCGGUCGAAGUGACUAAUGAAUUAUUAUGUACAUAUGCAUUUUGAGAGUGAUAAAGUGUUCAAUAUAGCGAAGGUCAAACUUCCAAACAACCGUGACUCCCUUAUUACGUCGGGGGUUUCUCAGAAUAUGGAUUCAUUUUGAAAUCUCCUCAGACUGUUCAUAUGGAUUUUCGUGUUUUUCAAUGCAUCAGAGACAGGAGACUAACAAUGGCAGCCUGUUAGAGGAUUUCUGUGACUUGGAAGAGUGGGAUAUUAACCACCCAAGAGUGGCAAAAGGUUAUGUUAAAAGAUGGAAUACACAAUAGUAUGUCGAAGGUGAUUCAUUAUUUUUCUUAUAUUCCUUUUCUGUUUCUGAAUUUAGAUCCUUUCAUUUGUAUAUGGGUCUUUUCGAAUCACGAAAUGGAUCUUAAUUGGAAGUACCCUUGUAUUACACGAAUGGUUGAGCCUUCUGAAUGAUUUGUUCUUAUAGCAUUCGAUAUUGUUAGUUCCUACCAAAUGAAUAUUAACAUCUUGUAAUAGAAAUGAUGAAAAAAUGCGUAGAAUUAGUGAAUGUUUCUUACA